CCCCUCUCAAAAAAUGUCAUUUCUUUUUGGACGGCGUCCGCGGACGAAUACCGUGGAUCUGCCAAAACAGGCAAAGGAGCAGCUUUCCAAACUGGACGGUCCUGGAGGAGCCGCAAAGGCUGAGGAGCUUGCGAAAACACUAGGCCAAAUGAAAUUUGUCCUGCAAGGAACCCAAGAAACCGAAAGCAGUCCAGAACAGGUCUACUCACUGGUGACCGGAAUGAUCCAAGAAGAUCUCCUGUAUCAUCUUGCAACGAGCUUAUACCGCCUACCAUUUGAAUCAAGGAAAGACGCACAGGUCAUAUUCUCCUACGUUCUACGGUUUCGGCCACCAACAGCAUCGCCACAUAGCCAGCCCAUCGCUCUCAGCUAUGUCAUCAAUAACAGGCCGGAAGUUCUUGUGGAGUUAUGCAAUGGCUAUGAUCAUAAGGAGAGUGCCACACCUGCUGGAACUGUCCUACGGGAAGUUCUGAAGAGCGAUGCGGCUGCCGCCAUCAUAUUGUAUCACGACCCAAGCGAGGCAGGUCCCAGCGCAAAGGGCCUUUCCGGCAUACAACCGGAGGUAAAACAGAGUGGAAAGGGGGUGUUUUGGAAAUUCUUCAACUGGAUCGACCAGGGGUCGUUCGAAGUUGGGGCAGAUGCUUUCACGACUUUUAGAGAGCUUCUUACAAGACACAAGCAAGUUGUUGCACAGUAUCUAUGCACAAACUUUGACCUCUUCUUCGACAAAUACAACAAUAUACUCGUCAAGUCAGAAAGCUAUGUCACAAAACGGCAGUCCAUAAAGUUGCUAGGCGAGAUUCUGCUAGACCGAGCAAACUAUGCUGUAAUGACAGCCUAUGUCGACCGCGGAGAACAUUUGAAGAUCUGUAUGAAUCUUCUUCGCGACGAGAGGAAGAUGGUGCAGUAUGAAGGAUUUCAUGUAUUCAAGGUCUUUGUCGCGAAUCCUCACAAAUCCAUCGCGGUGCAGAAGAUACUACUCAUAAAUCGAGAACGACUCCUCAAAUUUUUGAAACAUUUUCUGGAGGACCGUACCGAGGACGAGCAAUUCAUUGACGAGAGGGAGUUUUUGAUCAAGCAAAUCAAGAACAUGCCUCCCACACCAGUCGAGCCAACGCAGAAGCCAGCUCUCCUGACAUCGCAAUCGCGGUAGCUAGUCUCAUGGUUAGGUGAUAGGUAGAAACAUAUGGGCUCUGCUGAAUAUGAAGUGAGAUUGGGGGGUUGUACAGCAGGAGUUACUGGGGCAUCAGGGAUUGAGAAGGAUAAAGUAGCGAUCAUUGUAAUGAGGACAGGCGUUUGUUGCAUAUCAAAGCGUUGGAAAGCAGAAGUAGCAUGGCGGGUC